AUGCAAGCCGUCUUUGUGGUCGCUCUUCUGGUAUUCGUCUGUGCAGCCGUCGAGGCCAGCUACAACAAUGCCCCACAAUACAGCAAGUUUGGGUACAUGGCUGCCAAGGUGGCGGCCGGGAGCUGUCCUUAUGGCUGGUCUUUGUAUCACGGGAGCUGUUAUUAUUUCAGCCGAGACAGACUAACAUGGUGGCAAGCAGAGAUGAAAUGUGCUUCCAUGGGCGGUUUCUUGUGUAAUGUUGACGAGGCGCACGAAAACACUUACGUCAGACAUCACCUGGCCAUGUAUGGGGUCUCUCCUGGAGCUUGGAUGGGUCUGAAUGACUGUCUGUACCCUAACGCCCACAGAUGGAUCUGGGGAUUCAGCAAGAAGCGGUGUCACAAGUUUGACUGGUAUGGUAGCGAGCCCGUGUACCACAAAGCCGGCGACUGGAACUGUGGAGCCUUCUGGAAGCAUUACCACUACCACUGGCACGUGGACAGCUGUGCCCAGAGAAACUACUACGUCUGUGAGAUGAAACUGGGAAAACCUUGUAAAUGCCAAUAUUAG